UGUAAAUAGAUCGGCGGCCAUCUUAAGUUUUGUUUCCUUUCUUCAUGGAAUCGCAUGAGAUUUGUUUGAAGUGCUAUUAUUUUGUGAAAUUAAGAAGCGUAAUAUUCAUCUAAAAUACUUUAGCUAAAUCAGUGUUAAAUAAAUAAAUAAGUACACACAAAUAUCAGUUACCGGUGGAUAUCAAAUUAAUAAUUGUCUCCAACCAAUGGAGGAAGAAACUCAAGAAACGAAACCCACUGGACUUGAAGAAAUUAAGUUUAAGCCUGUAAAGAAGAAAAACCUUCGGCGUCGCAUCAAAGAUGACGAGUCUGAUGACGAGGAAAACGUUUUAGCAAAGUUGGAAGAAGCAAAAGAGAUUCAGAAGCUUAGGGAAAGGCCUAAUGGCGUAAGCGUUAUUGCGUUAGCUACUGGACAAAAACCGACCAUUGAAGAUGAGGUGGCUUGUAAAGACCCAUUCAAGGUGAAAACCGGUGGUAUGGUGAACAUGCAAGCUUUAAAAAGCGGAAAAGUCAAGCAAGUCGACGAUGCGUAUGACACGGGCAUCGGUACACAGUUCUCGGCAGAGACCAACAAAAGAGACGAAGAUGAGGAAAUGAUGAAAUACAUAGAAGAACAACUGGCUAAAAGAAAAGAAGGGCACAAUCAAGACAAGAAGGAAUCGGAUCACAAUGACUCCCUCAAAUACCUGUCACCAGAGGAAGCUGCUCUACUGUCUCUUCCCGAACACUUACGAAUGUCUUCUACUCACCGGUCAGAAGAAAUGUUGUCAAAUCAAAUGCUCAGUGGUAUCCCCGAAGUAGACCUUGGCAUUGAUGCUAAAAUUAAAAACAUAGAAGCGACAGAGGAAGCUAAAAUGAAACUCAUAUGGGAGAGACACAAUAAAAAGGAUGCUCCGUCUCAAUUUGUUCCCACAAACAUGGCUGUUAAUUUUGUUCAACACAACAGAUUCAAUAUGGAUAGUGAUAGUAAGAAACGGAAGGUAGAAAAACCAAAAGAAGUUAAGACUGAAACUAGUGUAAUAGAUGAAAAUGUGGAUAAAAUUGUUAAGAAAGCUAAAGGAGAAAGAGCUACUGAUGAUUACCAUUAUGAAAAGUUUAAGAAACAAUUCAGAAGAUAUUAAAUUCUUCAAAUACAGAAAUGGGUUUUAAUGAAGUUGAAUACUUCUCUUUCUACUUAUCAAACAAUGAAUUGGUCUUAUUAUGGACCUUUAUCUAUCUUAAAUAUUGGUUUGUCAAGAUUUUUGAGAUAUCAUUCCCAUUGAUUUUCAGUUGGUUUUUUCUAUUGUUGUUAUCAAAGUUAUUCUAUUUGAGGUGUUUGUUACAUCAUGGAGUUUGAUAAAAUGUAUUUGGUAUGGUAGAUCAUACCAAAAAUUUCAAAUGUUGAUACCUUGUCAGUGGUCUGUUGUUUAAUAUUAGAAUAGAAGUGACUAGAUCUCCUUUCUUGAGGUGGGGUAGUUGUUUAGGAAAGAAAAUUGCUAAUACUGUAUUUAUUAUCUAAAAAAAAGUAUUUGUACUCAAACUACAAUAAUAUUUCAAAACUGUUAAAUACAAAUGUUUUUCAACACUAAAUUAUGUAAGAAUUUGUAGUUGUUUUCUCAUUCUGCAUCAAAAGCGGUUUGUCCUUCUUUGUCAGUGUCUUUCUUUUUUUAUUCUCUUAGUCAAUUCAAUACAUUUUGAGCAGUUGUCAGUCCCAGGGGUCGUGAAAUAAAUUAAAUUGUCUUUUAAUAAUAAUGUGAUGGAAGUAUGAUUGCUAUAAAGAAGAAGAGGAAGAGCGUUUCGUUUUGCUUAUUCUGUUCGUUCCGUUGGUAGGACGAUAUCAUCGUUCGUGUCCCUAUCAUCGACAUUUAUAAGUAGCCGUUCGCAUAAAAAUGAUUUCUUCAAGGCCUGUUCUUGUAGAGUUUCAGCGAGACGCACACAUUUUUUCCUAUUUUCUACAGUUACAUUUUCGAUAUUUAAAAAAAAGUAGCCUACAGUUGUAAAAACGAUUUCUGCUUCAACAUGGGGUUACUUUGUGAUGUUGGUGGUUUAUUUAUUUCAGAGAAGGGUACAAGUAUUAUAGAUAGGUACUUGAUUAUUUCAGGUCGUCAAAUAGGUUUACAAACCAUUUCUCAAAAUUUUCUGCACAUCUUUGUGAUGUUCAUUACAAAUUAUUAUUCAUCUUUGUCUUAAAAAUGUGCCAUAUUAUAAGCCUUUCGCCUUUACCUUCCGAUACCUUUGUCGAGGCGUAUGCUCUCAAUAUUUUAGCGACGGUAUAGGUAUAUCAUCCUCAAUGCAAUCCGUAACUUCCAUGAUAAAAUUCACAAAAAUAUUGUGACAUUUGCGCAGAAGAAGAAUCCCAGGAUAUAAUUUUUCUUCUUCAGAAUAAUCAAAAAGACGGUUACAUUGAAGAGGUUCAAUAUCAAUCCUAAAAUAGGUACAGGAAAAUGUCGUACGUAAUAUAGUCUAUAAUCUAUGUAAUUAAUUAUAAUUAGGUUUUACUUUUAUCUACAUCCAUGUUACUUUAUUUGUUUUUACCGAUGUUAAUUUGGCCAAUUUCAAGAAAAGCCAGUCCUCUUGGUCAUGUGUAUAAUUUAAGUUGGUUGGGUUUUAUGGCCAAGGGUACAGCGGUUAAAAUUUAUUUUCCACUAUACCAUCAAGGGAACAGCCAAGGGUACACAGGAAAAUAAAGGGGUAUUUGCCUUACUUUGCAUUGAAACACCUUUCAUCCAAAACUUAAAGCACAACAUUGUCCCAUUCAAAAAAGUAACUCAAGCAAGAGCUCUUCUUUCCGUGAUAAUUUACUCUCUGAUCUUUUUUCAUAAAUCACAUAUAUCUCAGGGCCGUAGCUAGGGUCGAAUUUGAGGUAGGGCAGCAUUAGUUACAGGUAGGGCGGAAGUAAAAAAAUUAUCAUAAUUGAUCUGCCGUCGAAACACGGGCUCCUAAAUCAAUCACCAUGUAUAUCACCAUCAUGUGAAUAGUUAUUCGUAGACAAAUAAUUACUGUGACAGUGCAUGAGCAUGGAUCUAAGAACUAUUAAAUCCUCAAUGAUGAAGAACAAGUGAAUAAGAUGGUUGAACUUCCAGAUUUGGAUGUAGAGAUCCACGUCUGAGUGAGAGUGAGGUAAUAAUUAAUUAUUGGGUGGGGUGAUACGAGUAAAUAGAAACGACCAAAAAUAUCAUUAAGAUCACAUUGUUUUUGCGUACUUAUUAUAAUAAUUAACUAACAUAAUAAUAAAAAACAUUUAAAACAGCUGAAUUCUACGAUUCGCCAUGUUAUUAAAAAUGCGAAGAACUUCGUUCAGAUCAACUGAUUUUGUUCUUUUUUUUUCAAAGGCCAGAAAUACCAUACCAGCCAUUCUCUCGUGACCCAUUGACAGCCUUUGAGGCCUAUUGAUUGCAGUUAAAGUUGAAAACGUAGAUUCACACACUGCAGUGCUACAUCCUAUGGUCGCCACAGACGCAAAAAGUUCAUAUGUAUCUUUGAACGCCUCUCGUUGCCUGUACAAAACUUGCAAUGUAUUUUCCAUUAUAUCCUCGUUACGACUCAAGUAAGCUUUAACCACACUAGCCUCUUCUCUUGAUGGAAUUUUCAGACCUGAAAAAUUAGUUAAAAUUGUAAAUUGAACAUGACAAUUUUUUUGAAUUUUUUUUUUUUUUUAAACUUACCCAAAUUUUUCAGUGGAACCAUUUUAUCUACAUCCAACUCAUCAAGACUUGCAAUCGAAUUAAUUAAAUCAUCGUUGUCCGAAAACCUUCUUUGUAAUUCAGCAAUUAAAAUGUCCAACGUUUCGAAAUACUCAGACUUAAAUGGCUCGUCGUUCUCAUCUAUAUUUUGUCUGGCGGAGGAACAGGGGGUGUACGUCAAAUAGUCAUCCAUCCGAUUUGGUUUUUUUACUUGCCUCUUCGAGGUCUGUGUCCUAUUUUCAGAUUCGCCGCAGUCAUUGCUUGUUAAAGACUUAGCUUCUUCCAGAAUUUGAUUAUACAUUUGAUUUGAUCUUAAUUUAAUAAUUUCAUCUUUGACACACUUUAUGAUUGUUAUGGCAUCUUUUAAUCCUGCGCUUCGGGCUUGCAAAGCUGCGUCUGCAGGUUGUAGCUUGGAUAAGAUUUUUUUGGCCACAACCAUGGCUAUUCGGAAUUCCAGAUCAAGCAUGACUUUUUUAAUACCUAUACUCUUGGCGACGUCAUCACCGUUGAAUCUGCCAUUUUUAAUUUCUUUCAAAGUCUGCAAAAUCGAUGAAUAAUUAUCGUAUACAACUUUUGUAACUGCUAAAUGUCCAGACCAGCGUUGUUCGAGGAGUCGGCCAAUCCUUUUUCCAUCAUAUAAGGCAGCUAUUUUGCCAUGAUGAAAGAAUUCAUGUAACAUGAUGCAUUGGUCAAAAAAUAAACGAAUAAAAGUCAUUUCUGAGAUAGUCCUGAUGACUAUUAAGUGCAAGCGAUGGUUAUAGCAGUGGACGUAAGGAAUUUUUCGGCCCAAUUUAUUUUCUAUUCUAGUCGCAACUCCUGAAACUUUCCCACUCAUUACACUUGCGCCAUCAUAGCAUUGGCUAAGCAUACAAGAGGGGUCAAUGUUAUUUUCCGUGAGAGUAUUUAACGUUAAUUCCGUGAAAGUGGCUGCAUCAAGAUUUUCAGUAGUCUUAACCAUCAGCAACGACUCAUUGACGACACCAUCCUUGACGUAGCGUAUUGCUAAUGCAAUAUUUUCGCGGUUAUUUUUAUCUCUCGUCCCAUCUUCCAUUAGAGUAAACCAUUUCACGUCAGAUUCAUUAAUAUCUUUGACAAUGGAACUUCGUACCGCUUGAACCAUUGCUUGAAUUAUUUGAUUUUGAAUUUCGGGUGAACGAUAUGUUGCGUUUUGUGGUAUAUGAGUGAGAACCUCGUUCAAAUUUGGAUCUUUCAUACAUGUGUAUUCAAAUAAAUUCUGAAAUAAUCCUUGUUCUUUUUCUUCUUCCAAAAUAUAAUUUCCACGCAAAGCUAAUUCGUUGACAAUUAGAAAUUGUAUUACUUCCAUGAUAGACUUUACAUAAUACCUAUAUUUUUCUAAUACUUUUUGAUUUAUUAACGUUUCAACACUGCUAGAUGUAGAUAUUCUUUGUAAUUUCUCCUGCCACAUCGACAUAGCUUGAAUAUGAGAAAUUGAUUUUUCAUGUUUUGGAAAACCAGUUUUAGAAUCAGUGGCAUUUUUCCAGUUUCUAAAUCCUGUGGAAGUGUACGAAGUCUGUUUGCUUCCAUGAGGUAAAAAUUGCUGGCAUGGAUAGCAAAAAGCAGCAUCUUUCUCGACAGAAUACUGCAACCAUUUAUAACGCUUGAACCAAUCGGAAACAAAGGCCCUGUUGUGUUGUUUUGGAUAUGUGUCUAAAACAACUUGUUCUAUUGGUUCUCCGAUUUGUGCAAUAUCAGACGGAAUACCAUAGCUAACGUUACCUGUUGCUACGGAACUAGGAGUAGCGAUUGUAUUUGGUGCUUCCACCUGUUUUGAACAGUUAGGUUUUUCGUGGUCAAUUUGCUCCUCAAGUCUUCGUUUUUUUCCAAAGAAAGCCCGUAUAUCCAUCGCGAAAUAAAUGAAUCUUCAAUUUAUAGCAAUACAAAUAACAAUUGUAUCGAUUUUUGUCUAAAGCACUCUUCACCGUACACUUCACUUAACCAAACUACAAACAAUCAUAAUCAAUCUUUAGGUCAGGUUUAAAAGGGGAUUCCCCGACUAGCCCUAUUCUAAUGAAGAAUGUUCACUGAUUUUGUUUUUUAGCUUUCUGUAUUCUCUGUUAAAAAUAAAAAAUACACGUGAAAGAAUUAUUUCGAUACGUCAAUUAGUUUCCAAGAUAUUGAAUUUUAAAAGUGCGGGCGGCGGCCGGCCCGCCAUUUUAUGCGCGUGACGUCAUAUUACAACGACUUGCUCAUAUUUGUAUGGGUGGAAUCUUGCAAACUGAAUUAAGACCCACUUCCAGGCAACCGAUUAAGCUGAAAUUUCGCAAACACAUGUGAUUUGGAUGACCAUGCAAUAUUAUGAUGACAUGGAGCUGAUCUGAUGAUGGAGCUGGAAGGUCUAUAAUAAAACGACUUAAAUGCAUCGAGUUUGGGCUCGUUCGUUUCGUAUUGAUGAGUAUUUUAAUUCUAUAUAGUAAUCGGGGUCUAAUGAUGGAGCUGGAAGGUAAUUCGCAAUAAAACGACACAAUCGCGUCAAGUUUGGGUUUGGUUCAAUUUUAAUUUCUGUGAUGGGUCUGGGUGUUAAUAUGUAUAAUAAGUUUGUAUUUACAAAAAAAAAAUAUUUAAGUAUGUUUAUAUCCGUUUUCUAGUGAGCGGACGCUGUGAAUGUACGUCACACGGGGUCACGUGACCGUCGGCGGGACUCAAUAUUUAAGCGAACUUUGAAUGCCUAUAAAAUCAUAACUACUGGGUAUUUUUGAAUGAAAUAAAAACUAAUGUAUUUGUAAAUGUAAAAGCUUAACUGUAACAUAGGUUUCAAGUGAUUUUGCAUACCUAGUAACAUUCUCAAUUCUUUGUAUAAACCCAUCGCUUCAUGAGAUGGCGCUUCGAAUGCCAUCUAUACACAGAACAAAGAAUGUAACACUUUUUUUUGCAUUCACUGAUAAAACACCUGAAAUUCAAUAAAAUAUAAACAAUAUCCAUUUGAGGUUGUUUUUGUUUUGACGUUUUGUUUUUAUUCAGCAAAAUGUCAUCAUGACAUUUGUCAUUGGUGCGUUCCGUUUCAUCGGCUUUAGUUUGAACCAAUACAAGAGUCUUACCAUCACAUUAUAAAUUUUGUUGCAAACUUAGAUACCUAUCGCUACAUUUUUUUUCUCAAACUAUGAACAAACAAUUUAAUUAUAAUAAUUUAUCUUAGUUUUAGAUAUUUUUAAGGUAGGGCAUUGUGGUUUCAAGGUAGGGCAUUGCCCCACAAUGCCCCCCCCUAGCUACGGCCAUGAUAUAUCUUGAAAGUCGCGCUUAAAUAGGCCAUUUACUGCUUCAAUGACCCAUCUACAUAAUGUUACUGCCCUCGAUUUGUUGUUACCACUCUUUGGGCUCUGGUGCCUCCUCCCUUUCGUCGGGAGUCCGCUUCCUGCUCCACAAUUUUGUUCUGUGUCCAGAAGUGUCACUCCGGCGGGAGUCCAUCGACACGACGGAACUGUCUGACUCGAUGUCUACCCGGGAUAAGGCACCCGGGGCUCGCGUUGCUUAAUGCUAAGCAGCUCCAGCUGCUCAAAUUCUGCAGACUUGGUGAUAGCUAUGUGAAUGCUAUCUAUAAUACAUCCCACAACUGCUAGAAAACUAAACUUCUAGUAGAACCUAAAAAUAUCAUGUUAAACAUGUAGAUAGGUGAUUUUCUCUAACUACAACUUACAACAUUGAUUUUACUCGUUUUUUAUAAUAUUUCGUUCUUCACGAGUUUUUGGAAAAUGAAUGUAUUUCCGUGUAAAUAAUAUAUUAAGAGCUUGCGUCGCAGCCCUCACACAGUUAAAUACACUAACUUGAUGUAUUCUAUGGUGCGCACUUGCUCCGAUAAAUCUUGGUACGAACCAGACGCAUAAAAGCUUAGUGCACUAAGUACCAAAAAAAAUAAAAGGAUUAAAUUAACAAUAAAUAUCCUUGGUCAUGGUUAUAGCAUUUCCAAGUUCCGAAGAGCCAUACGCCGACGAUGUAAAAUAGUCUCCGUAACACGGGCAUGCUCCAAAAAGUUUUCAUAUAGGAAUAAAUCUGCUAUUAAUAAAUUAUUUUUAUAAAUUACGAAGGAGCUGAUUGUAAGAUGUUGCCUUCGUGUCUGCUAAUUGACACAUUAGCAAUUCCUAUUUUUCAAACCAUUUUACGACAUUUUGCCAUAUUUAUUUAGCCCUCCAAGCUUGAAUGUUUGGUCUUUCAAUCAAAGCUAAUCUCUUUUGGUAGCAUUUUUUGAAUUGAUACUUCAGACAGUUUUUCAUUAUUUUUCGUAGUGUACUCUCAAAAUGGUUUAAAUUGUUAAUGGGUGCUAUUUCAAAAAUUAUUUAUGCAUUGCUCAACUUUAACGAAGUGUGUAAUUGGCCACGGCCACAGAAUAAGUAAUAGUACAGGUACCACGGCCACACUAAAUUAUUAAUUAAAGCGUCCAUAUAGUCGUCUCUAGUCAAAAAGUCACAUCUAAUUCCAUUAUAAAAACUAAAUAAGAAAAAUGUUUACCUACUUAAAAAGUACGUACUCUUCUAGCACUAAAACUACACUACACUCAAAAAAGUUUGUGUAUGUACUUAUAAAAUACUCAACACCUAAAACCACACACACUAAGUACACUUUUUUUAAACAAAGGCAAAGUUCUUUCACGACCAACACCCUGGAGUCUUUAAGGGUAUCUAAAUAAAAUGUGAAAAUAAAAGAUGAUUUACAUUUUAAUUUUGUUUAUUGAAAUUAAAGAACUGUAUAUUAUAUGAGUAUGUACUUUAAGACUACAAUCUAUUAUUAUAACUAAAAGAAGGAUAGAAAAAAAAAAGGAUUACACGAUGAAUUACCCAAGCUAUUGGAGCCGGGUACCAUUCUGCAAAACAGUCUUAUGUUUAUCUUCGAACGCUACCACAUCUGAGGUUGGUGGCCAAUGGCCAUAGUAAAUAUAGUUCGUCUUGGUAAGACCUUUCAAACGAACGGGUCUUAAAUAAAAUGCAACAGCCCUCUGGUACUGUCAGAGAUUCCGUGAGCUCUUCCAUAGUCCAAUUUGUGGGAAUGUUUCUGAUGAGAGCCAUUCAAUGUAGGUUGGUGUGGAAGCAACGCAUUUGUAUAAAGAUACAAUUUCAUUAUUGAAGAAAUUAUUGGCUGCGUUAGGGGAAACGAAUUCAACCGAAAAUCUGUUUCACCUGAUUUUACUCCGUCCAAAAUUAUACCUCGAAUCUUGUUUGUUACCAGAAAUUUGCCGAAUCUCAUGGGUUGUAUACAUUUUGAGGUAGAAGGCUCAGAUUCCACAUGAGAUACAUGGACUAAGAAGGGGCCUUUGUCUUGGUUGGUCACUGUUGUCUUUGGGGCAAUAACAAGCGAGGGGAUACACCUGCUGAUUGGAUUAUGAUAUUGAACCAUACGUAUUAGUUCUCUUAGCCGGCUCAGAAUCAACUGCCGUAUCAAGACGGCGUUUGAUUGUCAUGUUGUUGUUGUUUCUGAUAAAAAAACAGUAAAUUACAAUUUAUAACAUGUAGGUAGGUACAAUAUUAAAAGUAAAUUAAACAACUUAUACAUCUGGUUACCUUAAGUUGACCUGACACUGGCGUUUUUAAAUUCUUCGGAGUCCAUAUUAUGAUACUCAAGGUAUCAUUGUCCUGUUCACAAAAAAAUACAUAUUAAAGUACUGUCUUACUUUAAUAGAUCAUAGUCAUUAUUUUACCAAGAAUUAUUAAUUAUUUAUGUACUUUAAGUGUUUACUUACAUUAUUUUCUUUCAAUAAGCUUGUGUGAGCAUUUUGUUCAUGCUCGUCAAUAAAAGUUUCAAUGUUUUCCUGUAAGAAACAAUAAGUUACAAUUGAUAACAAUUUUAGCUGCAGAAUCUGACGAUUAUGAGUAAUUGGGUAUUCAGUUAAGUGCACUAUACAUAGACAGAUCAGAUUUGUAUGUUUGACUGUCGGUAUCGAAAUCACUUGAGAUUCCCUUGUGCUGGUCCUAAUAUGACUUCCACUAUUGUUGACGGUGUAUUAACUUGGAGGAAUUAUUUGUAGUGGCAUCGGUGCGCUUAUUUUCCACAACGUCUUGAUAUUUUAACACCAACUCCGAUAAAAUACACUUGUCUUCUCUUGAAAAUCUUUCUUUUUUGAGCCGCCAUUUUAGAAAUAUAAGGCAAAUAGUACUAAGCCUCUCUUAAUUUCAAGUAUAUUCCAAAUCUUUUUAUAUUUAUCUACAUUGGUGGCAGAGUUCUUUUUUCGAGUCUGAUUAUGUCAGUGCCUUUCAGAAUCCUGUUGAUAACGUUGCACCAGUUGUAUGUAGGUACUUAAUUUAAUUGACAAGUGUAUAAAAUAUUCUACCACAAAAGCUUUGUGAUCACUACAAUUCAGGAAAUCAAAUGGAUACUUGGCUAAUAUGUGAUUUUUAAUUUUAGUAGUAAUAUUAUCUUCUUGGCCAUUACAAUGGUCCAAAGU